CACACACACACACACACACAUCGACCGACCGAGCGCCAUCAUUUCCUCCAGCAACCCCGGGCUAUGACUGGAGUAUUCGAUCGCAAGGUCGCCAACAUCCGGACAGAGCUGCAGUCCAAUUUCCAGCACAGCAUGCACCAUCCGUCGCAGGAAUCGCCGACUCUCCCCGAGUCCACGGCCACCGACACGGGUUACUACAGCUCGGCCGGCUCUCACCACGGCUACUGCUCACCUUCGGCUUACGGCAAAGUGCUGAACCCCUACCAGUACCAGUACCACGGAGUGAACGCGUCGGCCGCCAAUUACUCCGCCAAGUCUUACCACGAAUACAGUUACCCCGGGCAUUACCACCAAUACGGGCCGUACAGCAGGGCUCAGGCAACAUGCAGCCAGCCUGAGAAAGAACUUGUUGAGCCCGAAGUGCGGAUGAUAAACGGCAAACCGAAAAAGGUUCGGAAACCACGGACCAUUUACUCGAGCUUCCAGCUCGCAGCUUUACAAAGACGCUUCCAAAAGACUCAGUACCUGGCGCUGCCAGAGAGAGCCGAACUAGCGGCGUCGCUGGGACUCACCCAGACCCAGGUUAAAAUAUGGUUCCAGAACCGAAGGUCAAAGAUUAAGAAAAUCAUAAAGAAUGGGGAGAUCCCUCCUGAGCACAGCCCCAGUUCCAGUGACCCUAUGGCCUGCAAUUCUCCUCAGUCCCCUGCCGUUUGGGACACUCACAGUUCCUCAAGGGUUGUCCACACUCAUCAAACCCCCAGCCACAACCCACCCACCACAAGCUACCUGGAGAAUGCCAGCUCCUGGUAUUCCAAUCCCACUUCCAUCAAUUCCCAUCUGCAGUCGACAAGCUCAUUACAUCACCCACUGGCUUUGGGAUCCGGGACUAUUUAUUAAUCUGAAAUACAUUCCAAAGUGGAUUGAGUAAGACCAAUAAACAGUGAAGAUAUGCAAUGAAAUGCACGUUUUGUUCAGUCGGAAUCAAGGGAAGCCAAAUUAUCUGACUCUGUACACUCUGUGCAUGUAACUUUCCAUAUUUCAAAGAGGAAAAUGGACUACUUUUCCAACAGACGUCAGGACCGACUUGGACACUGUCAAAGGUGCCUCUCUUUUAUCGGCUAUGACCGCAAACCUGGCGGGACUUCUCAGUAACAUGUAUCACUGUACAUAGGUGUAGAUAGUUGAAUUGAACUGUAUAUUCUGUUUAAAUAAACUUAUUGACACUUCGGAAAAAAUUGGGGAUUUUAUUUGCGAUAAAUUGUGCAGUAUAUAUGUUGGGCAACAAAGUGAAAACUGAAAUCUGUAAUAGUCAUACUCCUAAGUGUAAACUUAAGUGUUCAGUGGUCCUUUCUACGGCAGCUCGAGCGAUGGAAAAGGGGAGUACUGCGUCGCCGUGCUUGGCUUCAUUCCCGAUUUUUGUUCGUGAGUUAUCUUUUAUCUGGGUUCUUUCCACCGCUGUCGUAUGAUUUGAGUGCAAGAGAAGUCUUCGACCAAUGUUAUGAAGUUGUAAUUAUUUGAUUUGCCUGAGUACCAUUCUUUUUAUUUUGAUACCUGUGACAGUAAUCUCUCACUAUGUGUACUACCAAAGUGCUCAGAGUUUGAACAAAAGUGCGGACCAUAUAAAUUGGAACACACUGUCAAGACAGUCAAAUGGAUGAAUUAGACUGCAGGUUUUUGUGUGUGACUUUAGUUCGUAAAUUAACAACAGGGAACGAAAACAGUGACUCUGACGCGCGCUGCUUAGAUGUAGUUUCAGCUGAUAUUUUUAAGAGCCUUGAUUCAUUAUUCAUUUACUUAACCCAGACUUUAAACAAGUGAAAGUAAUUGUCAAAUCCAAUUUGGAUUUAACACGUGCCGGGAACUCCUACAGGUCUGUUGAGCUGUGUAGGGGGAAAAAACAUAGAACAAAAGAAGCCCGCAGGUAAGCAUGCGUUCCUAUUUGAAUAAGAAAACGCACUUAGAAUUGAAACGGGCCCUCCUUGUAUAACUUACACAAUUGAGUGCAGCCGUAUCUGUUUAAAAUUAAGGUUCUUUUUUCUCACGCUGAAAGUAUGGUUUACCAAAACAGCGCAUCGAUUUGGGAAGAGAUGCAGAUAGAAGGUGGCCAGAGACGUUCUAAUCCUUUUCGUGGGAAUAUUCACUUCGUUUCUAAAUCGCUUUCAAUGUCACCAAAAUUAGAUAAAUAUUUCAACCGAAUUCGUUUUAAAGUAGACAGCUUUCAGCAUAAAAUUCAGCGCAGUUGCUGUUUCCCGUCUUAAUGCAAUCACAAAUACUUCUCCACCUUCAUUCCUACCGUGGUUUCAUAUCGUUCACAGUUGGCAGAAAUUAACAACUAGAUCUCUGGAACCACUUUCAUUGAUAAAUAGAUCUCAGUCCUCCACGAUAUUGGUUGUAUAUAUGCAUGAGGGUUCCUAUAAUAGGUAUAGUCAAAUCAUGCUGAAAUACUAUUGAAUUGAAAAUUCCAGGGUUCUUAUUUUUAUUAAAAUUGAAUUUGAUUUUUUGUUGAAUGUGUUUGCAAUCUUAGGGUAUGCAGACAUCAACUUACAUUAACGAAAGGUAUGAAUCUUGUGACUGAUUUUGAGGAAUGUUGCGUUUCGACUCAAAUGACAAUCAACACGCAGAUUAUUGAAUUCUUAUAGCAACAACGAGGGCAAGUAGAUGUAGUGGAAACAUGUAGUGUCGAUGGCCGCUGGCUUUCUUUGCUUACCAGACCGGCAUGCAGACUACAGCUGUGAGCGGAAGCAGAGUGAAAUAGUCAGAAGUACACGUUUCUUGAGCACGAAAAGUGGCGAAAACUUAGACAGGCCGUUGCCGUGGCUCACUGUCUGCAAUCAUUCUCCACCACUCCGGGCCUUUUGUGAUAUUUGGCGGAUGUCAAUGUACAUUGUAAAUAGCGCAGCCUUAAUGGAAUGUCAAGUGAGUCGACAUGAAAUGUAAUCCCAGGGAUAUAGAGUGUAACAGGACACUGACCCAUGAAGGGACAUGGCAGAAUGGAUGCUGUUUAACGUGAUGUUUGCUUUUAUUAGCAAGCU